CUUGCUUCAUUUAUGUUGAAAUAUCUUACGGACAAGGAAGACAUUAGACCAAAUUUUAUGGUAACGUAACAUUAAUUUCAAAAUGCUACACAAUUUUACGUUGAUCAUCAUUAUAAUGUUUUGGCACAUGGCAAGAUGUUCUUUAAUAGAAAUCAGAAAAUUAAAAGAAAAUGUGGACCUACUUGAAGCAAAGUUUAAACUAGAGAAAAGAUAUAGACGAGAGGAAUUUGAAAUUUUAUUGACAAAACUAAAUGAUAUCGAUGCCACGCUGAAGAAAGGGUUGACAAAUUUAGCUGUUGAAAAUCCGACUGCUGUCUGCAGAGGAGAAGUUAAUGUGUCUGCAUUGAAGGAUAUCAAAAUACUUCAGGCAGCUUUCAGAAACUAAAAAGAAGAAAACCAGAAAUAUCGGCACAGUCUGGUAGCACUGGAACAAACUGUUGACAAUCUGGUGAGUAUUGUUCAGGAUUUUAAACAGGAGUUAGGUAAAAUAUCUUUUGCUGUUGAGGAGUCAUCUGCCACUACGAAUCAAUGUAAUAUUUGGAGAAACGAAGUCAGCAGGUCGGUGGCUACGCUAGAUAUAAAGAUGGAUGAAACGAUGGCUUCUCUCAAAAGCUUGGAUUACAUGGAAUUUGUCGUCAAUGUCUUGAAUGCCACAAAAACAAAUAUGGCGAUAUCACAAAUGUGUACUAAAAAGCCGAAACAAUACUCCUCUUGUAAGGAGAUUCUAAGCGAUGGAUUCGACGAAAGUGGUGGUUACGUUGUUUAUCCAAGUAAGGAGAUAGGUGAAGUGAAGGUGUACUGCGAUCAAGUGACAGACGGGGGCGGUUGGACUGUGUUCCAGAGAAGACUGAACGGGUCUGUUAGCUUUUAUAGAAACUGGUCGGAUUAUAAGAGUGGCUUUGGUGAUACAGAAGGAGAAUUUUGGCUUGGUAAUGACGUCAUUCAUACCAUGCUGUCAACAGGUGAUGGACAGCUACGUAUUGAAUUGGAGAAUUUUGAAGGAAGCCGAGUAUAUGCAGAAUACGACAAAUUCAGUAAUGGAGAUGAAAGUAGUGGGUACAAAUUAGAAGUCGGCAGGUAUAGUGACACCGCCGGAAAUUCCCUAAGCAAUCAUAAUGGAAUGAAGUUUUCGACAGUAGAUCGUGAUAACGAUAUCUGGAGCACUGAUAACAGCUGUGCAAAGAAAUUCAAAGGAUGCUGGUGGUAUAGGUCUUGCUAUAGGUCAAACUUAAAUGGGGUUUAUCAUAACACUGAAGAAGAUCCUGAUCAAGAUGGAAUUGUUUGGUCAAAUUGGAAAGGCUUUCGUAAAUCUAUGAAGUUUGUGGAAAUGGAAUUUCGAUAGAACAAAAACGAUACCUAAGAGCGAUAUAUUAAUAGAGUGAUAUCGCUAAAGGUAUACACUUAACUAAAUGUGUCUAAAGCUUCACAUGAUAUUUUUAGCAAAUUCAUUCAUAUUUCUUACAAUAACUUUAUACUUAAUCACAUAUCAAAUCUGUAUGAAAAUCGAAGUAUGCAGUGAUAAAAUUCUAAUAAAUGACGGCAUCCAUCUCUAUACAAGUCACUAAAAUACAUAUAAAUGCUUUGUUUUCGUUAAAUGAAUUAUUUACAUUGAAACAGUGGUGUAAAAGUUGAAGUUGCACUUAAAUAUGUUCAGAUAUCCAUAACUUUCUUUCAUGUCUCAUAACGAAAUUCUUGGCAGGUAUAUGUAUAUAUAGUUUUAUGAAUGUUUCAAUUUUUCGUGCCAUAAAGUGCUUACAUAAUUUGAUAUUUUUGAGGUCAUAACGUACUGUGCGAAACACAUACUAAAUUUAAACAAAAUGUUUUCUGUACUUCAAAGAGUAAUGUUAAAAUAUCAAAUUUCUAUGUGUAUGUUUAUUAUAUAAAGUUACAUAAUUAAGAAAGAGAUCGUUCAGCUACAAGACAAUGCUGUAAACAAUGUAUGUUAUGUAUGCUUAAGUAUGUUGGACUUGUUGUUAUGUAAUUUUCUGUUAAAAGUAUAAUACAUGUAUAUCUUUUUUCUUGACGAUAAAUAUAAAAGUUGGCACAGUUAUCAGCUUAAAAAAUAAUACCCUCUAACUGUAAAAGUUGUUUGAGCAAUACAAUUGUGCAAACUGAAAAGAAGUAUAAUGUCCCAUACUGGUGGAAUAAAAAUGAUAAAAAUAUGAAAUUAAGCUCUACCUAUUGACCCGAAAAUAUGUAUGGAAUAAUAAACAUAUGUGUAUGUAUGUAUGUAUGUAUGUAUGAUGCAUGCAUGCAUGUAUGUAUGUAUGUAGGUAUGCCGUUAUAGUUUUAAAUUAUAUCUUCUUUAUUUCCAGUUAUGUAAUUGAUAUUUACUACAUUAGCGUAUAAUAUCUCCGUAUUACCUGUAUUUUGUAAGUAAAUGAAUAAAUGAUAAGAUAUUUUGCAA